ACUCAUAAACCCUAAUCCUCGCGAACUCCCCCUCCUCCCCGCCUCCCUCCCAUCUCGCGUUCUCGCGCUCGAUUCGAAUCCCACCGCAAAGCAAAAGCCCACGCGCGAAGCAAAAGCUCGCCGCAAAUGGAGGACGCCGCGGUCGAGGAGGCCGAGGUGAGCGGCGGCGCGGCGGAGUUCGCGCCGGCUCUCGUCGCCGCCCACCCGCUCGGCCGCUCCGUCGCCGUCGCCGUCGGGCCCGAGCUCCGCGUGUUCGAUCUCAAGGCCAGCAGUGCAGUUUCAUUGUCAGACAAUUCUGGCGGUGGUUCUCAUUCGGAUGCUAUAAGAGCUAUCUCGUUUAGUGCAAACGGUGCUCUGUUCGCAUCCGCUGGUGAUGACAAGCUUGUUAAGGUCUGGAAGACUGAUUCAUGGUGCUGCAUUCGGACCAUAACUUCUGAAAAGAGGGUCAGUGCAGUUGCUAUUAGCAAUGAUGGCACAUAUGUAACUUUUGCAGAUAAAUUUGGUGUUAUUUGGUUAGUUACCAUGGGGGAAAGUGGUGGAGAGCAGGAGCCAACUGAUAAUAAACCUGUGUCAAUUUUUGGUCACUACUGCAGUAUUAUUACUAGCAUGAAAUUCUCACCGGAUGGACGAUUCAUUGCUACAGCUGACCGGGACUUUAAAAUCCGAAUUACAUCACUCCCGAAAAAGCCUUUAAGAGGGGCUCAUGAGAUUCAAAGUUUUUGCCUAGGACAUACAGACUUUGUAUCGUGCAUUGCCUUCACAUGCCUUUCAGAAGGUCCGAGCUUUCUUUUGUCUGGAGGCGGUGAUUCUACUGUUCGUCUAUGGGACUACAUAAACGGCUGCCUCCUUGAUACAUGUCAAGUCCGAGACAAGGUGGGAGAACUCUUAGAGCCAAAUGAAACUGAAGACAACAAUCUAUCUGUUGCAGAUAUAUGCCCGACUAAUGAUGGUUUGUUGGUUGCUGUAGCCAUUCAGAGUUUAAAUGGAGUAAUGCUUUUAGCAUGUGACCUUAUUGCAAAGAAGUUAUCUUUUCUAAAGGUGGUUACAACGGAAAAGUGCUAUAUUCCUACUAGCCUGUCUUCCAGCUUCUCAGCAGAUCUUCUAUGGACCGUCAUGGGCGCAUCGAAUAUGCCUAAUCAGGCUACUUCCCAGUUAUGUACCCGUUUGAAAAUCAUCCCACACUUCAAAAAGGAUCCGCUAGCCGGAUGUGAUCAUGUUCCUACAGUCUUGGAAGACAGUGAGGUGCCACAUGGUGAGAAGCUCCUUCUGGCGCUGCAAGGAAGUCUUGACAUUGCAAAGCAAGAAGAGGUGUUAGCUUCAGUUCUAGCUGCACUGAAAGUAUCAAUGCACAAGAUGCUGGUAAAGAAGCACUACUCGGAGGAAAGGAGAGAGCAGAGGAAAAGGGGCAGAAACGAUAAGAAGAUCAAGAAGUAGAUCGGCCUACAGCCUCAGCAAAACCAGUUCUUUGUUUCUCAUUGUACCAUUAGAGGCUUGGAAAACAAAAGGCAUUUUGACAUUCACAACUGUAAGAUUAAAUCUACUAGCAAACACUUUUCUCAUUAUCCAUAGGCCACAGCAUAACGGCUUCUGAAUUCUGAUGCCUGUUGUUUCAGUCGAAAUGCCCGCAGUUCUUGUUGUCUGCUCUACCUGUAGCAGCUGUUAUCUGUGAUUUGAAAUGUUACUUACCCUAUAUUAACCAUGCUGCUAUCCAAUGAUAAUUGCACGCUAUAA